CGAGCCUUAUCAAGCCUAGUACACUCGACCCACCACUCCACAUCACUUACUUUACUUUACUUUGCUUUGCUUUACUUCUUUAGAAGGAAGGCCGCCUCAAGAAUAUUUAAUAGGGAAUCACUCAAGCCUCUGAGUCAGCCCACACCAGUCCAGUGAUCCUUAGUCAUCCACAUCCCAUCCAACUCCGCCAUCAUGUCAGACCUUCCUCCUUAUGCUGUCACCACUCAAACACUACCAGUCUCCAACGAGUCCCCCAUCGACCUCAACCAUCAAUCGAUCGAGAUUCCCGGGACUCGAAAAGCAGGCCAAACUGGGCAUUAUCGCAAUGCUCUGUUCCCUAACUUCACCACCGUCGAGACUCCUGACAAAAAAUUCCCUCGCACCGAUUAUGAGGUAUUCAAUUUCGGACUGGGACGAUCUUACAACAAGCCAUGUCUUGGCCACCGACCCAUCAACCCAGUCACCGGAGAGCUCGAACCGUUCUUCGUCUGGCAGAGCUAUAAGGAUGUCGAUCGAAGACGGACCGAGUUUGGGAGCGGUAUGAUGCACCUCCAAGCCGAGGGUAAACUGGGCACUUCCGAUCGCACGGGAUGGACUGUUGGGAUUUGGACUCACAAUCGUCCUGAAUGGCAAAUUGCGUCACAUGCUUGCGCAGCUUACUCGCUCGUAGUCAUCUCGCUCUACGAGACCCUCGGCCCGACCGUUGUGGAAUACUGUAUCAACCAUUCCGAAACUCGCCUGGUCCUCUCAUCCGCAUCUCACAUUCCUGACCUGCUACGAAACGCCCAUGCCACGCCGUCUUUGAAGGUCAUCAUCUCGGCCGAUAGAUGGCAAGAUCUCCAACCGGUCGAGCCCAAAACCGUCUCCGCCGGUGAUCAACGCCGCGCCCUCAAGAGUUGGGGUGAACAGCUCGGCAUCAGUAUAUAUGACAUUGAAGAAGUUGAAGCUUUAGGUCGUGCCCAUCCUACCGCUCACAUCCCUCCUACUCCCGACUCAGUGAACUCGAUCUGCUACACAUCUGGGACGACCGGCAUGCCCAAAGGGGCUGUAUUACUCCAUCGCACCAUUACGGCCGCAUGCGUGGGUAACCUGCAUGGCUCAGCUUGGGCUGGCGCCGAAGAUAUUUUCCUUUCUUACCUCCCGCUCAGCCACAUCUUUGAACGCUUUUUUGAGGCUAUUAUAUUAGCAAUUGGGGCACCGAUCGGGUAUUCUUGCGGUGACAACUUAAGAUUGCUCGAAGAUGUCCAAAUCCUAAAACCUACCAUCUUUCUCAGUGUACCCCGAGUGCUGAACCGAAUCUACCAGGCCGUAUUAGCACAACUCGAUGGGCCAGGGUUCAAAGGCAGCUUAGGCCGAAAAGCGUUACAGACCAAACUCCAGAACUUGAAGACUACCGGCAGCAACACUCAUUUCUUAUGGGACCGUUUGGUUUUCAACAAGGUCAAACAGGCCCUCGGUGGCAGAGUCCGGAUCAUUGGGUCUGGCUCGGCGCCGAUUUCUCCAGAUGUGAUCUCGUUCCUCAAGGUCGCUUUCAUCACUCAAGUCGCCGAAGGAUAUGGCUCGACCGAAAACUCAGGCACAUGUACAAAGUGCUUUGGUGAAGAUAUGGAACCCAAUGGGACUGUUGGUCCCCCACAAGCCGGACAGGAAAUCAAAUUGGUAGAUGUACCAGACAUGAAAUAUUUCUCGACCGAUAAACCUUUCCCUCGAGGUGAAAUCUGUGUGCGAGGAGAAGCUUGCAUUCCUGCCUACUACAAGGAUGAGGCGAAGACCAAGGAGUUGAUCGAUUCUGAAGGAUGGCAACAUUCCGGAGAUAUCGGGCUGAUCGAUGAAAAGGGUCGAUUCAAGAUCAUCGACCGGAUCAAGAACUUGGUCAAGCUGGCCCAGGGCGAAUACGUGGCUCUGGAGAAGGUCGAGGGGGCCUACUCGGUCAGUCCUCUGAUCAGCCAGAUCUACCUCCACGGCGACUCUCUCAAGUCCUACUUGGUUGCCGUCAUCGUCCCCGAACCGCCUGUCUUCCAAGAGCUUGCAAACAAAGUGACCGGACGGGUCUUGCCGCCUGAAGAGGCGUGUUCAUCCUUCGAAGUCAGACAGGCCGUCUUGAAAGAGAUGGAAAAAACCGCAGCCAGUGCCAAGCUCUUGGGCUUCGAACGCAUCAAGAAUAUCCAUUUGACGAUGGAACCAUUCUCGGUGGAAAACGAGCUAUUGACGCCAACUUUCAAGUUGAAAAGGCCGGUCGCAAAGACUAAGUACGCCGAUGUCUGUCAAAAGCUCUACGAGGAACAUGACGCCAAAGGCGGCGAAAUCAAGAUGAAGCUUUGAGGACAUCAACCAUCCUCUCAUCACGUUAUACAGUUCACUCGACAUCAAAAAAAAACAAAACAAAUCUGACACUUUCUUUCAAGCUUUUUGGUGAUGGACAAUCAAUCCUCUCAGGACUACUGUUGACUUGCAUUUCCCCUUGCUCUCUCUCUCUUUCUUCUAUGUUUUGUUUUAUCAAGCUUCUCUCCGCAUCUGCAAUAUUCUUCUUCCUCCCUUCCUCUCUCUCUUCAAAGUAUAUAUAUAUACAUAUAGAGCAUCUUUUUUUUUGGUUUUGGUUUCGUUGGCUUCAUUUGUUCUCGAUCAGCUCCCUUCUUUCUUCUCCUCCUUUUUUCCCUGUCAGGUGCCCAGUCUUCCUUGAUCUUCUGCUUCCUUUGUCGUCUACACCCUUACAUACUUUCUCCCACUUUUUCAUGUUGUUCUUAUACAUAUAUAUAUAUAACUUACCUAAAAUAAAACAAUCAAUCAAUCCAAAAAGAAAAACAGAAUCAAAAAAAAAAUUGAAAUGUUUUUUUCUGCUCUCAAUUCUACAAACCUUGUGUAUUUUAUCUAUGUUGCUCUCCGGGUCACCUCCAGCUGCUCCCUUCCUUCCUCCCUUCCUCCCUUCCUCCCUUCCUUCCUUCCUUCCUUCCUUUUUUGUUCUUAUUUGAAGAAAAAACAAUAGAUGUGAUGGGUUCUUUUGAGCCUUAACAUCUCAUCUCA